UGGGCGGGGAGGGGAGAACGCCAUUUUCAUUGGGGCGCAGACAGAGGCGGAUACCGGGCACCGACAGCAGGAGGAGGAUGAGCGCUGGAUCACCGGCUGUUAGCUAGGAAGGCCUGGGAUUCCCGGCCUGCGUCACUGUGACAGCUGGGUGCGGCUCCCAGACAUCCUCUCGAUUCCAUCAUCAUCUUCAUUAUUUCUGGGAGGGCAGCUGCGGGCGGCACUGACAGGGACCGCAGAACGAAUGUAUGACAACAUGUCCACAAUGGUGUACCUUAAGGAAGAAAAGUUGGAGAAGCUGACUCAGGAUGAGAUUAUAUCUAAGACCAAGCAAGUGAUCCAAGGACUGGAGGCAUUGAAAAAUGAGCACAAUUCUAUUCUGCAGAGCUUACUGGAAACACUAAAGUGUUUAAAGAAAGAUGAUGAGAGCAAUUUGGUGGAAGAGAAAUCCAACAUGAUCCGCAAAUCUCUGGAAAUGUUAGAACUCGGGCUGAGCGAAGCACAGGUUAUGAUGGCUUUGUCAAACCACUUGAAUGCUGUUGAGUCUGAGAAGCAAAAGUUGAGAGCACAAGUCCGGCGCCUUUGCCAGGAAAACCAGUGGUUGCGUGAUGAGUUGGCUAACACCCAGCAGAAGUUGCAGAGGAGUGAGCAGUCUGUGGCCCAACUGGAGGAGGAAAAGAAACAUUUAGAAUUUAUGAAUCAGCUGAAAAAAUAUGAUGAUGAUAUUUCCCCAUCGGAUGAUAAAGAUAGCGAUUCCUCCAAGGAAACUCUGGAUGAUCUGUUCCCAAAUGAUGAUGAUGAUCCAGGCCAAGGCAUACAACAGCAGCACAGCAGUGCAGCAGCAGCUGCCCAGCAAGGUGGCUAUGAAAUCCCUGCAAGAUUAAGGACCCUCCAUAACCUGGUGAUUCAGUAUGCUUCCCAGGGAAGGUAUGAAGUUGCUGUACCUCUCUGCAAACAAGCUCUUGAAGACCUGGAGAAGACCUCUGGACAUGAUCACCCAGAUGUUGCCACAAUGCUCAAUAUACUUGCUUUGGUCUAUAGGGAUCAGAAUAAAUACAAAGAUGCUGCCAACCUAUUAAAUGAUGCCUUGGCUAUCCGUGAAAAGACUUUGGGCAAAGACCACCCAGCAGUCGCAGCCACUCUGAACAACCUUGCCGUUCUUUAUGGGAAACGAGGAAAAUACAGGGAGGCAGAACCCUUAUGCAAAAGGGCUCUUGAGAUCCGGGAAAAGGUGCUCGGGAAAGACCACCCAGAUGUAGCCAAGCAGUUAAACAAUUUGGCCUUGUUGUGCCAAAACCAGGGAAAGUAUGAAGAGGUGGAAUAUUACUAUCAGAGAGCACUGGAGAUAUAUCAAACCAAACUGGGACCAGAUGAUCCAAAUGUGGCUAAAACAAAGAACAACUUGGCUUCUUGCUACCUAAAACAAGGCAAGUUUAAGCAAGCUGAGACCCUGUACAAGGAAAUUCUGACCCGAGCACAUGAAAGGGAGUUUGGCUCAGUUGAUGAUGAAAACAAGCCAAUUUGGAUGCAUGCUGAAGAACGAGAAAAAUUCAAAGGAAAGCAAAAGGAUGGCACAUUUGGAGAAUAUGGAGGCUGGUACAAAGCAUGUAAAGUAGAUAGCCCAACAGUGACAACAACCCUAAAAAACCUUGGAGCACUUUAUAGACGUCAAGGCAAGUUUGAAGCUGCAGACACCUUAGAAGAAGCAGCAAUAAGGUCCCGUAAACAGGCACUAGACAAUGCCCACAAACAGAGGGUUGCAGAAGUAUUAAAUGACCCAGAAAGCAUUGAGAAAAGGAGAAGCCGAGAAAGCCUGGAUGUGGUAAAGUACGAGAGCGGUCCUGAUGGAGGGGAGGAAGUGAGUAUGAGCGUAGAAUGGAAUGGGGAUGGCACUGGAUCUCUAAAGCGCAGUGGUUCCUUUAGUAAACUUCGAGCUUCUAUUAGACGAAGCAGUGAGAAACUGGUUAGAAAGCUAAAAGGAGGAAGUGCACGAGAGGGUGAACCAAAGAAUCCUGGCAUGAAGCGUGCCAGUUCUCUGAAUGUUCUUAACACGGGUGGCAAGGCUGCCGAAGAUCACAUGCAAGAACGAAAUAAUUGUCUGACAGAGUCGAGAGGGCUGAGUGCUAGUCACACUGACUUGGCUUAUUAAGGUUCAUGCAGAGACGCUAGCUCAAAUUCCCUUGACUGAAGACGCACUGAGACGCCCUAAGCUUUGCUUCCUCCUCAUCCUCUAGUAUAAGAAGCAUAUAAGGGAUUUGAUCAUGGACUUUUUACUUUUAUAAGAAGAAAAAUCAAACGAGUGUAAUUUUUUUUUAAGGAACAAUUUAUUUAUAGGUGUGUAUGUAUGUAAAUUGCUUUUUGGCAUAUUUUUAGGGCUAUAUCUUGAAUAACUGGGCUACUGUUACAGAAGCUGAAGCAUUCUUUCCAUUCACAUAAAACCUCCUCUAGCUAUGUACCAGAAGAAUGUAUAAGGUCACUGUGUAAAAAAAGACAUAUAUAUAUAUAUUUCCUCUUUCAUAUAGCUGGUAGAAAUGCUAAUAAUUUAGCUUUGUAGAUUUAUUGUUAUUAAUGGGCCCAAUACUAGGGGGACUUCAGGAAAGCCUGAAGUUGUGAUGUGGUGCCUAUUUUAAAAAGGUAAACUACAAAAAGGUAACCAACGCACCCUCAAAUUUUAACUUAGCAUUCUUGUACGAGUCAGUGUAAGUGAUCCAGUUAUAGGCUGUAUGGCUACACAUCAUUUUAUUUGCCACCGUCUUCUCAGGAGAAACUGAUAAUUUAAAUGCCCUGAAAAAACGCCGGCUGUUUCCAUGUGCCACGUGGCAGCAAGCAUUGAGAGAGUAGUGUGAGAAAGUGGAGGUCCAUGCUCUCUCACAAUACUCACUCCCAUGUGUCACUUGGUUCCCUUGCAGUAGAAUUAGUAGGUAUAGGCUAUUUUUAUCAGUUUUUCUGAGAAGCCCAAGGCAAAAAUAUUUUACUCAAAUAUUACAUGUUGCUUAAAUGCCAGCAAUAGAAACUUUAUAUUUUGAUUACAGUGUACCUUAAAAUCACUUGCUGCUUUAUGAAUUCUUUCUGAAAAGAGAGCAGUGUUCCCAUUAAUGCAGUAGUAACGGUGUCCCAGUGGGAUGGACUGCUGGUCUUAACAGUACUGUAUAUUUUUCCUAUAGAGUCUCUGGGCAUACGGUAGUGGUGUAAGCAUGUGUGUUUGUAUAAAAUAGGUAUGGGAUCUAUUAUCCAGAAAGCAGUUAACUAAAAGGCUCUGCAAAACACCAGCAGCACUAUUUCCCAUAGAGUCCUAUUUAAUCAAUCCUUAAUUUUUGACUGAUUAUUCUCUCUGAUAUCAAGGCAGUACCUUGUACUUACUGGUAACUAAGCUAGUGUAAAUCUUUGUUGACCACCAAAAUAUCAACAGAUUACAUUAUUUUUAAGUAGGUUAAAUGCUUUGAUUCCAAACUGACGGGCUGGCUUCAUUAUGGGAGCUCAGAGGACGGGGCCAUUUAGGUUGUGAUUUGGGUAAAAUGUCCAUUUGACAAAAUGCUUAUAGCGGAAAUUCAUGUUUACUUUGAGGGAGAUGUAUAGGGUUUUGUCCCCUUCCCUUGGCGCAAUAAAUCAUUGGGGAGACAAAACGCUAACUAUCUGCCAUUGUCCUAAAGAUCAGCUGGUUAACAGCUAAGGGGACCCUGACCAAAUGUUGCACCUCUAAAUGGGACUUUAACCACUACCUCCACUGGCCACUACCUUACUCCAUGGUUCUCCAUGUAACGGAAAGACCCUUAUCUAGAACACCCCAGAUUGCAAGCAUUUGGAUACAAGAUCCCAUACCUGUAAAUACAAACAUAAGUUACAAAAUAGAAAGUAGUUUGCCCCAGAUUAUAAAUAUUUUACAUUGUACAUAUUAGUGUGUAUUUUACUUAACUAAAAUAAGGUUUUCUUUUUUUUUUUUGCGUAGAGAUUUGUAGUAACCAGUAAAAUGCCGGUCAUAUUUGCUUUGGUAUAUUUAAUUCUUAAUGGUUCUGACAUCAUGCAGCAAUUUAAAGGUCAAGUUAAAUUAAAUGGACUUUUAUAAAGAUAAUGGCAUUUGGAAGGUUACAACAAUAAGAAGAUCCCACAUAACAGAGUUUACGUUUUUCCAGUUAAGUGGCCCUUGGCAAGCCCCUAACUGCCCAGGGCUGUACCUGUUACAGAUCUGUGUGUCAUGUUUAGUUAGUAUUCAUGCUGCUAGCCUUGUUUGUUUAGCUAACCGUCUCAGUACUGCAGCUUCAUAGCUGAGAGCAUAGCUGCCCCUGGAUAGAAUGAAUCCUGACCACAAACCAUAGUUUUUACUCAUCUCAAGGUUCACUUUACAUAGACUGUUACAGGCAAAGGACGUAGAAAUGUUUUAAAGAGCUAAAAUAAUGUUUGUAGGCAUAAUUCAGUUUUAGUACCUGGGGUACUUUAUUUAUGAUUGUAUAAUUUUGUAUUUUAAUGCAUAGUAUGUAUCUUAAUCUUGGCUUUCUAAACAAUGCCACUUUCCCUCCUAUAGCAAUACUGAGUACAGACAUCUCUAGUUGUGUUGCUGUUUGCAGGACAUGCCUGGUAUCAUGUAGUUACAUUAUAGGCCAUGGUACUAGGAGACUGUGCUGCAAAUAUUGCAUGUAAAUAAACACGUAGAGCAUAACAAGCUGGCAUGGCAUUGUUUGAGUCUUCACUGAAGUACAACAAAGCAAUGCAGGAUAUAAACCCAAACAUGCAAAAAGAAUAAAUAAGUAAAUAAAUAAGAACAAAUUAUUAUGGGUAGAUUUAUGGGUGUUUGAACAUAGUAAUCAUUAAAGGAGGACUGAAGCCUUAAUGGAAUAAGUCUAGAAUUGUUGUAUCUUCAGGGGCGUUCCUGCCAUGAAGCGAGUUAAGAAACUUGCCUCAGCCGGCAGUGCCCCACAGGUUACCAGGGGAGGCAAAAGGCAGCUCCUGGUAACUUUAAAAGCUGAAUUUCCAUUUUUUAAACUGGAAAUUCUGCUGUUAAAGUGCAGGGAGCACAAGUGCGCUCUCUGCAAUAGCGAUGUGCCCCCCCACCAAGGUUCCCCUCUAGCACUGAAAAGGUAAGCGCAGGGGUCCGAAGGGUAACAACAUCCUGAAAGCUGCCUCAGGCAGCAUUAGAGCUAGAAAUGCCCCUUUGUAUCUUAUAUACUGAACUUACAGUACCACAGAGGCUCAGCAGCUCUAUAGCAGUAAUAAUUCAGGCCUUCAAAGUCAUGCACAGGAACUCCCCCUCUGGGAUCCCCCUCUAGGCCAUCUUUUGAUUGUCAGUGACGAUGCACAUGCUCAGUGUGCUGCUGUUCAGAAGCUAAGCUUAGGGGUCAUCUAAAAUCAUCAUAACAGCAUAAAGUGUGGUUAUAGAAACUUAUGCCAGGGCUCAUUAUUAAGUAUGUCAUGUCUAAUGCACAUUUUACUGGGUUCACUGCUGCCAGGUAAUGGCACUCUGAAUGAAUUACUAAUUGGCCUUGUACUGGCAAUUUUAUAUGGAACCUGUAUAUUUUAAGUGGUCUCUAAGCUCAGUAACUGACAGCAGCCCAGAACAUUUACAGGGGGCAGCGGUAGAUUUGCACUGCUACAGAAGCUGUUUGGCUUUACUUCUCCUUUAGGGAUUCUGGGCAGUUUCAAUUUGUUAAUACUUUCCUGACAUUAAAAUAUUUAACAAAUUGACACAUUUAUUAAAGAAGGCCUCUGUGUCUGUUUAGCAGAAGCAAAUCAACUGCUGAGUGUGGCACACAGUGCUAAACUGUAACACAAUAGAUUUGGAAAGUGACCAUUAGUGCCGUGUGCUUCUAUAGGCACUUUCCAUAUCAAUAAAAAAAAUCAUUCUCUCAUCACUUUGAAUUGGUAGUAAUGCAAAAAAUUUACUUUUGAACAGCAAUAACAUUACCGCUAUAAUUGAGCCCUUUAUUACCUGAUUAAAGGGAUCAUGUUUACCUCACUUUGUAGGCUGACCUGUAUGGAACCACUAAGUAAUAUUGGAGCAGGAGGGAUUAUGCUGGUUUAAUAAUACUACACUUGGUUAUAUAUUACAAAAGGUUAUAUAUUAAGAGUAGGCAAUAGCGCAGCCUUCCUGGCUGUUCUACAAAUAGUUUAUAUACAAGGCAUUCAUAGAGAGUCAUGUAAAUAUUUGCACCUUAAAAGAUGCAUCCAUGGCAUAUUUAACAUUAGCUAUGGAACAUUCAUAGGAACAUUGGGAAACUAAAGACUAAAAUAAAUGCACAAAUCUUAUUGUUACAAAAUCAUUUUCCUGGAUUCUAAAACCCCACUACCUCAGUCUUGGGCUUCUUCUUACCAAUAGUUAAGACUUAACUGUGUUACUGUUCCUUUAAGCAGAAUUUCAUUAUCAAGGUUACAUGUAAUGCUUACAUAUUGUUUGAAAAAUACAAGUAAGAUGUUCCCAAGAGGUCUAAGCAAUUUUUUUGACCCACAAAGAGGCCAGUGGGUAAUUUCUUAUUAUUUGUAUUGUGCAAGUGCUGCUUUCCAUCUGCAGAUAAUAAUACUGGGUCAUACAAAUCAUUUCUGUUACAUUUCCCUUCAAAAGCCUUGACUCAUAGCUGCUUUCCUUCACCCAAGCCAUAGAUACAGGGAUGAUCCCUGACAGCCAUACAUACAACCAAAAUAAAUAUCAAACUCUUUCUUCCAUUCACAUACAUUCUGAGCUCACAGCUGUAACUGUGACACCAUGAGCUACACGGGCAAGAUAUGACAGGUUAUUAACGUUCAUGUCUAAAAUUAAAAAAGAAAAAACUUUUAAGCCAAAGCCCCCACCCCCAGCCUGUUGUUGCAUUGCAACUCUCAGUAUCCUAUUGACAGGCAAAGGCUGCAGAUGGCAUCCUAGGAGUCAAGAGCUGGUGAUUGCUUAUAACUGCUGAAGAAAUGAAUGAAAGUACUUCUGGCAAAGCUGCAUGUUUUUAUGAUAUUCAGAACAGAAUACCCAUCAUUUGCUCAUGUCCUUCCUUUGUGCAAAGCACGGUUAGCACUCAGUUUGUGCAUCUGCUUACAGGAACAGUGUAAAGGUGGCCAUACAUGUUACAAACCACUUGUUUGGAAAGGUCGCCAAAUGAGCACAUCUUCUCCGGAUAUACACACCUAAGGUGGGCGAUGUUGGGCUAAUUCGAUUGCUUAGCACUAGGGCCAAACAAUGGAAUUGUAACAGCGGGCAUAGGCGCUGUCAGAGUGAGGAUCACAUUAACAGCCUGAUGCAGCCCCAUAUCUGGUGAGAAAUCAAGCCUGCUCGAUCAAGAUCUGGAUAAUGUUAGGACAGAUGUUGUUCAGGUAGGCCUGUCAGGGAUGCCCAUACACCGCCAGAUAAGAUGGCAGUUCAGUCUGAAGGACCCAAAUUGGCAGCUUAAAUCUGCCCAUGUAUGUCAGCCUUAACCCAUUUGUGAAUUUGAUUUAAUGUCUAUUUUCUCUAAUCCCAGUUGCUGUGCAUUGAAAGCUGGCCAUACACACUAAGAUCAUUCAUUUGGCGAGGUUGCCAAACGAGUGAAUCUAUCCCUGGGCGAUACCAGGCUAAUUAGAUCAUUUUGCCCUAGGACCAAACAAUUGAAUUACAACGGUGGGCAUAGGAGCCAUUGGACUGAGGACCACAUCAAUGAGCCAAUGCAGUCCCCGAUCAGACGGGAAAAUCAAACCUGCUCAAUUGACACCUGUCCGAUUUUUAGCCAGAUAUUUAUUGGGGUGGGCCAUCGGGGCUCCCCAUACAGGGGCAGAUAAGCUGCCAAAUCAGUUUAAAGGACUCACAUUGGCAGCUGUAAUCUGCCCGUGUAUAGGGACCUUUAUUCAGAAGGUGAUGCUAAUUAGUAAAACUCGUCACACCCUCGCUUGACAUGAGUCAGCUGCCAGAAAUGUGUGUGUUCCCAUUCACAUGACAAGGGUUACAUAGUAACAUUAAAGCACACAGCAUCCCUUCUUGUAAAUGGCACACUGGCUGCCUAAGCAAAAGUAUGAAAGUAGAGCUGAAUGUGCUCUAAUUUAGACAACAGCUUCCCUAAUAAUGCGUAGGAAAUAAUCACAAUGGUAAUAUUUUUGACAAGAGUGUAAGCCACUGGUUUAAAUUAAAAAAAAAAAAUGUAAAAAAAAGGAAAGACCAGUGUAUUACAAUGUCUGCUUAUAAAGAUGUUCUAUUUUCCCUUUAUUUCUGAUCCUUGUAAAUGCAUAAUGUGUUCUGCAGAAAAAUAGUGGUAGACAUGAAAGCAUUUGCUGCUAUGAUAUGCAUAGAUCAGUCUAGCUUCGUGUUGUUACCUUAUUCUUGUAAAUGAACAUUAACAAACAAAUGCACAAUAAAGAACAAAUCUAGUGAUAAA